UUUUCUUAUUUAUUUUCUUUCGAAACUAGCUAUAAAUUAUGUCACAAGAAUCGAAAAAGGACAAUUCAACCUUUAAUCGUCAUGAUGAGAUCUCAUUUAGAGAUGAAGACUAUAAUAUGGAAAGGGAACGUGUAUCAUCAUCUUUAAACUCAACAUUUUUAGGUGAAAUGGAAUCACUUGAUAUAUUAUCAUCUCAAGAAGUUAAUCCUUUCACAAUGUUAGAUAAUGUAGAUGAUGAGGAUGAUCCUAAAGAAGAAUUAGCCAAACAGAAACCUUCUAAAGCGGAAAAUGAUGUCAAAUCAAGUGACGCUGCUCCCCGUGCUGUCGGUGCCGGUCUUCCGUCAAAAGUUUCUUCGUUCUCUGUAUUGUCCAAAUCCAUAAAUGAUCGUAAAAAAGCUGUUUAUGAAUUUGUAGUACCAAAUAAUAAUGUUAAAUCUGGAGAUGUAACAAAAAAGCAACAGAAAUCUCGUAAAAUUAUUAAAAAUCCUACUAUAAAUACGUCAAAAUCAAAAUUAUUACCAAAUUUAUCACAAUUAAAGACAGUACAACAACAAUCACAAUUAGAAGAUUUACCUAAACCAAAACGUGGAAGGAAAAAGAAGAAUAUUGUAAAUGAUGAUGAUACUAACCUAUUAGAACUUUUUAAUAAUUCAUCUAAACCUGAAGAAGGAUUGUUUUCAAAAUUGAGAAUUUUAUUUAUACCAAAUAAAAUUGAUAAAGUUCGUUUGAGUUUAAUGAAAUCAAAAGUUUUAGAUAAAGGUGGAAUUAUUGAAGAAAGUAUUGAAACUGCAAAAAAUGUUACACAUGUUAUAACGGAAUUAAAUGGAAAUCAGUUGGUAUCAAUGUUUGGUAUUCGAAAAUUAAAAAAUUUUAAGGAUGCUGCAAUCAUUAAACCCGAUUGGAUAUCCGAAUCAAUUAUGGUAAAUUUUAAUCGUUUCUUGAACUGAUUUUGAUGAUCAUCAUUUUGACAAUUAUAAAUAAUUUAUAUAUAUAUAUUAUUUUAUAGCUUGGAAAACUGAGGGAUACUAAAUCUUAUGCAGUUUUAUAUACGGAAGAAUCCAAUGAUACAAAUAUCGCUUCAAGCUCACAAACACAAAAUUUGAAAAGACCUCAUGACGAACAAAAAG